UUGAUAUACAUUGUCGGUUUUUCAUUGCAAUAAAAAAUACACUCAUACAUACUAAACUACGCAAUGUUCACGCAUUCGCGUCGGCAUAUGCUGAGUUCGGCGAUAGUGUAGAGCUGGCAUAAUAGUAUUUUAAAAAAUCACAAAUUGUAACCUAAAAAAUAAUUCGAUUCGACUAAAUAAAACCAAAACUAUAUUAAAAAUAAAUGGUGUAUGCACAUGGGUAUAUCACAAUAAUUAUUUUUAUGAAAGCAUUACAUCGCAUAGCUUUUAAUGGCUGACGAAAAAGAUUUCAACGACGUUCUAGAGGAUAUAUUUCUAAGGGAAGACAAACAGCACAAGGAAAGUUAUGAAGAAGGAUAUAAAGCUGGUACUGAAGCUGGGAAUCCUGAAGGUUACCACUUGGGAUAUCAUAGAGGAGCUGAACUUGGCCGUGAAAUUGAUUUCCAAAUGCAGUCGACAAUAUCAAAGCUUCGCAAUCAGGUGCACAGUCUAACAGCAUUCCUGACUCCGCUGCUACCGCUGGCUAACUGCCACAUGGUAGAAAUGUUCACAGAGAAUCACUGGGACAAAUUAGUGCCAACAGCCCUUCGGCAGUCACUGGAAAGUUAUGAGCUGAAUGAUGCCGUUGAUAAGUUCUGGGAAGCUAUUGCAAUGUGUGACAGUACAGAUACAUCAGAACUCACCCUAUGGAUCAAAAAAGCCCGGUCCCAUUACAUAACUGUGAACAAUGACUACUGUUUGAAUGUGAAACAGCUUCAGAGCCGUAUCCAAGAAUGGGGGGGUCAGGUGAAAUCGGAAAUCCGUGUAACACAAUUUAUGACCAGCAAGAAGAGUUAUGAGGUCCAAACAAUGUCCAGCUUAGUGGCCUCACUAUACAACUAUACCCAGUCAACGUGUUGUGUGGAGGCCGGCGGAGGCCGAGGUCACCUACCUGUAGCUCUCACCCUUGGUUAUGGAGUACCCAGUCUGACUAUAGACUGUGCUGAUAAAACUAUAGAGGCCGCAGCUGAGAGGAUCAAGAUAAUACAGAAACAAUGGCAUUCUAUAGCCAAGAGGAUAAAGGACGGCAACGAAGUGCGAAUGCACGACAGCAUCAACAAAAACCUACAUCGGUUCGCCAGCGCGUACAUCACCAGUGACACGGACGUAGCCGCCAUUGUGAGGGAGAAGUUUCCUGAACAGACUGAUGUAAAGUUGCUGUUGACAGGUCUUCAUACCUGCGGUAACCUGGGUCCCGACAGCCUCCGCGUCUUCACGACGCAGCCAUUCGUGAGUGCGGUGUUCAACGUGCCGUGCUGCUACCACCUCCUCACUGAGGAGGUCGACGCCGCCAUGUUUGAUGUCUUCGAGAGGAACUUCGGCAGCGGGCUGAAAGGGGAACAAGGAUUCCCUAUGUCUGAGUUUCUGAGAGGAUACAAGUUGGGCAGAAACGCUCGCAUGCUAGCCGCGCAGUCCAUCGACCGCGUGGUCCAUCACAAACAGCUGCCUGAUAAGAGUUUGCUAUACCGGGCUGUUCUACAGGUAAUAAUUAAGACACAUUUGCCGAGCUUUCCAUUCCCCGAAGGCAAAUUGAAGCGAUUAUCUACGAAAUGUCAAGGAUUUAGAGAUUAUUUGAAGAUGGCUGACGCCACGCUAAAUCUUGGACUUUAUGAUAAUCUAUCUGAGAGUUAUCUGGCCGAUGUUAAUGCCAAAAUGGAUGUUCGAUGGAAAUAUAUAGUGCUAUUUUAUUUGUUAAGGUUAUGUUUGGCGCAAGUCGUCGAGAGUGUUAUAUUGUUAGAUAGACUUUUGUUUUUAUUUGAAAGCGGAUUCCGGGAUGUGUUUUUGGUGAAACUGUUCGACCCUGUGUUGUCUCCCAGAUGUCACAGCAUUGUCGCUGUUAGGUGACAUAAUGUUGUUGUAAUACAUGUGUUAUGUUAUGAUAUGACAUCAAUAAAAUUAUUUAAUAGUAA